CCAGCUGCAGUUCUCUGUUGCAGUGUUCAUAAUUAUAACCAAAAAGAAUAAAAAUGGAAGGAAAGAAAACAGGAAAUGGAGGGAAGAGGUCGACAAACGAAGCUCGUUACCGAGGGAUACGGCGGCGUCCAUGGGGGAAAUUUGCGGCGGAGAUUCGUGAUCCGUCGAGGAACGGCGCUCGGCUGUGGUUAGGGACAUUCGACACGGCGGAGGAAGCGGCAAGAGCGUACGAUCAAGCGGCGUAUGCGUUCAGAGGACAUUUGGCGAUUCUGAAUUUUCCGAAUGAGUACCAAAGUGGAAACCCUCAUUUCGCGGCGGCGCCUUCUUCAUCAGCGACGACGAUCUCUUUCGUCGGAAAUUACUCCGGCAGCAAUGCGAACUAUCGAUCGGGGGAAGUGAUAGAGUUCGAGUAUUUGGAUAAUGAACUCUUGGAGGAACUUUUGCAGUCGGAAGGAGAAGGAUUUGAUCGGAACAAUUGAGGAUGGUGGAUUGGGGAAUGUUGAUCAGUUUCAAAUCUUUUAGUAAUUUGAUUAUGUUUUUUUUUUCAGCUGCACUAAA